GCGGCUCCAUCAUUUUGUCAAAAUAAGUUCUAACACACAACACUAAACGAUCAUCGUCCACCACCAUGGAUGACGAUCAGCAAUUCUGUUUAAGAUGGAACAACCAUCAGAGUACACUAAUCAGUGUAUUCGAUACGCUGCUGGAAAAUGAGACAUUAGUCGAUUGCACAUUGGCCGCCGAAGGCAAAUUCUUAAAAGCCCACAAAGUUGUGCUCUCAGCGUGUAGUCCCUAUUUUGCGACCCUUCUACAAGAGCAAUACGAUAAACAUCCCAUCUUCAUUUUAAAAGAUGUGAAAUAUCAAGAACUAAGAGCCAUGAUGGAUUAUAUGUAUCGUGGUGAGGUGAAUAUCUCCCAGGAUCAAUUGGCUGCUUUGUUAAAGGCUGCAGAAUCUCUACAAAUCAAGGGUCUGUCAGAUAAUCGUUCUGGCGGCGGUGCAUCACAGCCCAAACAUCCUGAACAUCAUAGGGCCACAAUGCCCGGCAAAUUGAGCGGUGGCUAUACACUAGAGCAAACAAAACGAGCACGCAUCACAGGUGCUGCUGGCCCAGCCAUGGAUGCCAGCGAAAUGGGCUCACGAGAGGGUUCAUCUAGUCCAUCAAGAAGACGUAGAAAAGUGAGACGCAGGAGCAUUGAAAAUGCCAUGACUGAUGUCCAUGAUAAUUCCAAUUCAUCACAACAACCAACACAAUCGUCGAAUGCCCCCGGUUUGGGUGCCAUCACAGCAGCUGCCUCUGCAUUGGCUGCUGCCGCUGCCGGUGUACCAUCAAGCGCUGCUGCUGCCGCCGCAUUAGCAUCCACAGUAGUCCCCCUAUCCGCUACACAACAACAACAACAAUCCUCCUCAUCAGCUGUUACCCCAGCAGCAUCCGGCACGACCUUAAGCUCCUCCAAAAAGACUGACAAUGUUAAAGGAUCCACUCAACAACAACAAGAUGCCAUUAAUACCGAUAAUGUACAAGGUUCAGCUGCUGGCUCAAUGGCCACCGCAACACCCGCUAUGGAUACCGAUGCCGCCGCCACAGAUGCCAGUACUGCCGACAAAUCGAAUCAUAAACAACAACAGCACCACCAGAAAGCCACAGCAUCAAAAGAUACUGCAAGUGUAACUGGCUCGGAAUUGGUAAUUGAACCUAAAGCGGAAUAUGAUGAUGAAGCAAAUGAUGAAACUGUUGAGGAUUUGACAUUAGAUGAAGAGGAUAUGGGUAUGGAUGAUUUGGAUCAUAAUGCUGGCACAAGUCAAGGUGGUGAAGGAUCUAGUCAAGGAUAUGCACCCUGGCAACACGAUAGAUCUCAGGAUGAAUUAUUAUUGGCAACACAAGAAGCACAGCAACGGGAUCCUCAAGCUUGCGGUGCCAGCAGCUGUUCAUCAUCAUCCCUCUCGAAUCCGGGCAACUCGUCGUCAAAUUGUCAAACAUCACCGCCACCUCCGCCUCCACAAUCGUUAAUUCGUGACUAUUGGUAUGAAUUGAAAUUUUCCGAUUUAUUCAAGUUCAUCAAUGCCGAUGGUCGCUAUCAGUGUCCACGCUAUAAUUGUUUAAAAAGUUACAAGGAUGCCAGCUCUCUACAGCGACAUAUCAGAUAUGAAUGUGGUGGUCAGAAAAAAUUCCGCUGCCUUAUGUGCGGUAAAGCAUUUUCACAAAGCUCCCACCUAAAACGACACCUGGAGUCGGGUGUUUGUGUUAAAUAUUACUUAUGAGAUAAUGUUUUCUUUAAAAUAACAUAGAAUUAGCAAACAAUUCAUCAUUAUUAUUAUUAUUACAACAAUAA